AUGAACAUCGCCAUUACCGCAUGGGCAAUAGGAACAAUACCCGCAAAAAACAUGGCGGUGGAUGUUGUGGCCCGCCUGUCUAAUUUACCCACUAGCGUUACGGAGGCUCAUAUACGCGAGUUAAUCGAGCCCUUUGCGAAGGUGCGCCGAGUGACGAUGCCCACGCCCGUGCUUUGGCUUUCCUGUCCAACAGGCCGGGCGGAGGUCGUUGGCGACACGCUGGAAGACACGAAGCUGGUGUAUGUUCACCUUCACGGCACUGUUAUUGACGGUAACCGUAUCAAUGUCUCCUUUGCGAAGAUUGGCGAUGCCCCCAGAAAUGACAACAACCACAGCAACAAAGUGGUGGACAGGGUGCCACGGCCCGUGGAUCGUUGGGAUCGGGCACGUCGGCCGCGCAGCGAUACUGACGACGGGUGGCGGCAGGGAGAGAGCGCAAGGCUGAGUCACCGACGAAGACACUACGAAGAUGAUCGUCAUUCAAGGCGACAGGAUAGAAGGCGAUCCCCGCGACGGCAUCCCUCGAGCUCUGCAUCGCGUUCAUCUUCACCUUCGCGGAGGCACAGACGAUAUUCACAUUCUUCAUAUUCUUCAUCAUCACCUUCCGUGUCUCCACGUCGAAGGCAUUCCUCAUCGUUAUCGCAGAGACGACGGCGUAAGCGGCGACGCUCGUCCUCGAGACCAAGACACCACGGCCGCUCGCGCUCGCCCAGCUGGGGGGACUAA